CGCUGCGGUGGAAAGUUCUCUGCGUCGCUGGCCAGCCGCGUCGACAGAGACUCUGAGAUGGCGCAACAACACGGCAAUUGGACACAACCUGACAAGGCCCCGAUCAUAUGAGACAGAAGCAUCUCUAUCAUCACCCUACGUAUACUCCAUUUCUGCCUCUUUCGUUCAUUCUUCUUGCCGCACCUCCUUUGUUUUCCCCUCGCUUGAUCAACGCAUCCCAGCCGAUAAGAGAACUACCCUAUUGUUAUCAAAGCCAAUUUGGGCGGCACGCCUGCGAUAGCGGCCAUUGCAGUCAUACAAGAACCAUUACUAUCCCGAUUGACGUGCUCCCGCCCACAAGGCAUUCGCUUUAUUCACUCACUCUCGUUUAUCCCUCGCCGCCGCAUACUGCCAUCAAAGCCACUGCGGCACGUCCUCCAAUCCUAAUAGGUCUCCUGCCACGACGUUGCAGGAGUCACCGCCCCUUCCUGUACGCGCAGCAGAAGUCAAUUCCGCAUACGUGCAUUCAACUCGUCGUAGCCGUUGCCAUUCACCACGUCGGCGUCCGAUAAUCACCCAUCGGGUCUACUGGCCCGCCGGUGCAUGCAAUGAACCAACGACAUCAUGCUCGCCAGCCGUCACACGCCCGCAAAGCUCUACCGCCGCAUGCUAGGUCUAGUAAGCCUCCGCCCUUGACUACUAGAAGGAGCUACAACCACGCCCACUCGCAUUCUCAUGGAGGCCAACCCUCGCCGAACAAGCCUGCCGGUGCAGGUUGGAGCAAGAAAUCUGUGGUGGAGGACAGUGGCGUGAAAGACGCUGACCACGAGACGAACGGCAUGGAGAGCUUCUUGCAGUUCUGCCCGACAUGUGAGAAGCAGAUUGUCACCCCCAAUCCGAGCAUUCUGUACUGUUCUGAAGCAUGCCGAAGACGAGACUCAAGGCCAACGUCCAUAGCGGAUAUACAAGUGAUAACACAAUCGAUCUCGUCACCAGUAGCCUCGAAUGUCUCAGCGACCUCGUACUUUGACCAUCCUAUCCCCGACAUCGUCCCUCAGAGAUCGCCCACCAUUGUUCGACCCCUGUCCCUCACCUUCUCGGACCUGAAUAUUUCUGACCGCGACUCGCGUUCCUCCACCGACUCAAGUGACAGAGACAGUCGCCGCGACAGCGACGCCAUCCACUACCUAGAACAAUUCUACAACGACUUGAACAGCUCCAAACCGACGAGGACGAGAAUGAGCAGCCGCGCGAAUGUAUCUACUGCCACUGGCGGCGAUAGCAAUACCAAUCUGCCGUCACUUGUGCACUCACCAUCCUCCUCGUAUGGAACCGUGGCCUCGAAUGCAUCAUAUCGUCCACUCGUCUCGAGACACAAUCCCUUCACAAGCUCAUACUCUGCCACAAAGAGCAUCGAGCUAGUCAUGCCAUACCCCGCUGCCGCAGAUGGUAGUCCGACACAACUCAUGAAGGAUGCAAGCAUAAAGAGCAGUGCCAGUGCACAGACGUGUUUCCGGGUAGCUGAGGCCAACGACAUCACGUACGAGAGACGAGACACAAGUCGUCGCCGCCGGGACUCGCGACAAAGUCCCAAGGCGGAUCAGUCCUUGAAGAAACUGUUCAUGCAUGAAGCUAUGAAGGCGUCCCCGAAGUAGGAAGGUCAUGGAGACAGAUAUGAAGAUAUCACAGAUUGUGGACGCAAUUUUAGCGUGUAAGGACAUCUGAAUUGCAACUUCACUCUGGAAUUCUGGCGUUUGAGGAUGGGAUUACAAAAUAGUUCGGCUCGCGUUUAUGGCGUUCUGGAUAUCGUUUCUUGAGGAAGGGCGGAACGACUUUGCUCUAGUACGCAUUGGGGAGACUGACAUGAGGAAGAGAGAUAUACCACCCGCAUGGAUGUGCUGGAUACCAAGUCGAAGAUUGAAGUCACAUAUAAUAUAUAGAUUACAUCGCCUCGCCGGCUUAUGAUGUCGGCUCGAAGGCCAUUAAUUCGAACAUUUCUACGCGACGCAACGCG